GUCAGAAAGAGAAUUUAACAAAAGUUUGUAGAAUGGAUCCUUCUUCAUCAGUUGCUGCAUAUCAUGAAUUUUUUAAACAACAAAGACAAGAGAUUAUUUUGAAUGGUUGUCUACCCAAUUGUAUUAGUUCACCAAUUUUCUUAUAUCAUAAGGAUAUGGCUAAUGAAUACGUCAAUGAAAAUUCACAUAAGAAUGCAUUUAUCAAUCAUAUUACUGAAUUUAUUGGUAAGCUUAUUGAGAUAAAAAUUGAGGAUGGAAGUAGCAAUUAUAGGAUAUUAUUGGUAGAAACUGCUUAUGCAACUCUUUUAUAUUCAAAAUACUGGGUCCAAAAACAGAGAUAUAAUGCUAAAGCACACCAUCUUUGUGUUAAAAAAUACCUUAUACCAAAACUUUUUUGUGUCAGCAACAUCAAUUUGGAAGGAUGGUACAUGAUUGUAAUGAAAUAUAUUAAUAAUAAAACAUUACAGACUGCAAACAUUACAAAAGAGGAAUAUAAUGAUAUUUUAAAAAAUAUUCAAGAGGUUAUUAACACUUUGCAUACUAAUGAUAUUAUUUUUAGUGACUUAUAUAGUUCAAAUAUAAUGAUAGAAAAGGUUGAUAGAAAGUUACAAGUAAUGCUUAUAGACUUUGACUGGGUUGGAAUACAUCAAAAAGAUCAUUAUACACCUAUAAUGAAUCCAGAAAUUAAAUGA